GAACAGUCUGCUUCAAAUAUGUGCGGUUCAUGCAGAUGUGUGAGGCUCGUACGUCAAUUGAGAGAUUCUUGUAAUGAAAAUUUUUAUGGACUCUCAGACCAAACAAGCAUGCAAAAGGUUCAGUAUUCUCAUCACGUUUAACGUCACUUUGGGGUGAUAGUUAUGGACGUCAGUGCCGAUAAAUCACCAUUAAUUCAGCCUGAAGAGACUUCAAACAAAUCCAGUUUUCCUUCUAUUACAGUUGUCAAACCAAAACAUCCAAGACGCUAUAAACUUUUACCAAAAGACAAACUCCGUUUCCCUAAAAAUGAUACUUCAAAUCAAUUUUGGCGUGUAAAUGACUAUACAAAACAUAUGCCUCUUAUCAAUGUAAAUUGUGAUGACGAUAGUGAAGAGUUUGACGGCGCAUUGUUCCAAAAAGUUGCCAAUAAAGGCUUGUGUGAUUAUUUAGAAAAUGAUCGACUGAUUCAUAAUCGAUCAAAUUUAACAAAUACCGAUAACUAUGAUGAUUGGGAUUUGCAUCUUUCAACACCCGUUCAACACAGAACACAAAUUUGUUGUCCAUUCAAUUGUACAUUAUCAUGAAUUUUAGAAGAUAAUACUUUGAAGAUUCCUUUUUCUUUAGUUUAUUAGUUCUUAUUAUGUGUUAAUAAUAAUAAUAAUAAUGCAUUUUUAAGUGAGUAUUUUCUUGCAUAUAUAGGAUUAAUUUGGGAUUUGUUUGUAACUUUUCCAUUGUGUAUUUUCAUUCUUCUUAUGUUUAACAUAUUUUUUUCGUGCUCUCUAUUUUCAACUGCUUUAAUGCUUUAGUGCUUUUUAUCGGUCUUAACACUUUUUUUAUAUCAACCAACUAACACUGAUAAUAUACAAAAUUAUAGAGAAUUAAUGUCGUAUCAUUUCUGUUCGUUGCAUAACUAACUUAUAGAAUAAAAUUAAUGAUAUUUUAUACUUAACAAUGUUUUAUGAUUAGUGUAAUUCAAUCAUUUUUGUCUUGUGAUAUUCGACUAGUAAGUAGCUAUAGUUAACAAAGGCAUAAAAGAUUAGAAAUGACGAUGAUAGGUAACACUAGGCAGCUGUUUAGAAUUAUCAAAAGAAACUUAAUGUAGGAAGUCAGUCAUUAAUAAGGGUCAUGGGAAAAUUCUGCUCUGGUACAACCGAGAGUGAGGAGAUUCAGCUCUCCCUCUUCAAAUGCUCUCAUAUGACCACGCGUAUACAACCACUGCCAUGGAAGUCCUACUCACUGCCUUCUUGUGGCAGGGGUGUUGUUUACGAUAUUGAGGGGACGAAAAGCGAGUGUCCGGAGCUUUAGCCAGGUUGGUGGAUAUGGAUGAUCCGCCUAGGAGGUUUGGAAAACCCUGACUCCAGACCAAUGGUGCACAUUGGCUCCAGGAUCCUGAGGAAACAAAAGGCGUAUGAACCAAUUUUUGGUCAGCGGCUACCAUGGAGCUAUAUCUCCUUACGUUUUUCCACUACCUUGUGGAUCAAACCUUUAGGUCAAAGGCUCGGGGUGUGGCCUCCUAAGAAAACCACCUGCUUCGGUCUGGGCAUCCGGGCAGUAUCCCAGUCCUUACACAAAUUGAAUGGUUUAUGUGGCGCAUAUCUAUUCGAUACCCUCUUGUACCAAUGUUUAUGUGUUUAAAUAAGUAAAUAAAAGUCAUUUUAUAGAUAGACUGGAGAACCCCUUAAGAAGAUGUUCAACUGACCUCCAGCUAAUCUCUAAUUCUCUUCCCGUAACCUAAAGGUGAUAUCAACAUAUGGCUAUAACAAAGUUGAAACAUGAUGGAGAAGCAAAAUUUGAUGGAUUAAUUCUCAGGGUAUAUGUUCAUGAUGACAGCAUUAUCAAUAUCCUUGACGGGGAUAUUAAGUAAAGCCUGGAAGUUGGACGUAAUUUUGUCUGUCUAGUUGCGGCCGUUGUUCAAUACAGUUUACAAAAAACACCAGAUAUCAUCUCGUGGUUACCACGGUUGAACUAACU